AUGGUGGCAUCUGCUGUGGGAAGUCUGAAGGAACGUGGAGAAGAAAUAUGGCCCGAGAAGAAAACUACCAAGCCGAAGACCCCACCAGCUCACCCGAAGUACAGCGACAUGGUGGCAUCUGCUGUGGGAAGUCUGAAGGAACGUGGAGGCUCGUCCCGCCAGGCGAUAUUGAAGUACAUCAUGGCUAACUUCAAAGUCGGUCCUGACGCCAAGGCAAUCAAUGCACAUUUGAAGAUCGCCCUCCGCAACGGAGUGAAGAAGGGGGCCCUAAAACAGUCCAAGGGUACCGGAGCUGCCGGAUCAUUCAAACUCGGAGAGAAGCCUAAACCAGCUAAGAAACCAGCAGCGAAGAAGGUGACUAAGCCGAAAGCAGCAAAGCCUAAGAAACCAAGUAGCGAAGAAGGCGACCACAUCGGCGACGGCUAA